AUGCCUCCCUCUCCCUCCUGGGUCCCUCUUUCCCUACAGAGCACCAGUUCUGAUCCCUCUCCUGCCCUGAGGUGCCCACCCCAGGCCCAGCCCUUUCCCCAGGGCCUGACUGCUUCAGAGAUUGGGGGGAAGGGGACAAAAGAAGGGAGGAGGGCUAGAAUGAUUCUUGUACUGGGGCCUGCAGGAGGGAGGAGCGCUUCCUUGCCUGAGGGCCAGGCCUCUCCCCUUGUUUGCUCUGAGAUAGCCAGUCUCGCUGGGGCCUGGCACCAGGAGGCUGCCCUGUGGGCACUCGCUACCUUCUCCCAGAGCCAGACACCCAGACGGACCAAGAGCCGGCAGGACGCGGCCAUGGCCUGGCUCCAGGGGCCCUUCCUCUGCGGGGCCCUGCUGGGCUGGGUCUGCUUGAGCGCCCCCGGGCUGGCCGUGGAGGUGAAGGUGCCCACCGAGCCCCUGAGCGCGCCGGUGGGCAGGACAGCCGAGCUGACGUGCAGCUACAGCACGUCGGUGGGAGACAACUUCGCCCUGGAGUGGAGCUUCGUGCAGCCUGGGAGGCCCGUCUCCUCGUCCCAACCUAUCCUGUACUUCACCAAUGGCCAGCUGUAUCCAACUGGUUCUAAGGCAGAGAGGGCCAGCCUGCUUCAGAACCCCCCCACAGGAGGAGUGGCCACGCUGAAACUGACCGAUGUCCACCCCUCGGACACUGGAACCUACCUCUGCCAUGUUAACAACCCGCCAGAUUUCUACACCAAUGGGUUGGGGUUAAUCAACCUUACUGUGCUGGUGCCCCCCAAUAGCCCCUCGUGCAGUCAGAGUGGUCAAACCUCCGUGGGGGGCUCUGCUGCAUUGAGAUGCAGCUCUUCCGAGGGAGCCCCCAGGCCAGUGUACAACUGGAUCCGCCUUGGAUCUUCUCCUACACCACCUCCUGGCAGCAUGGUGCAAGAUGAGGUGUCCGGCCGGCUCAUUCUCACCAAUCUCUCCCUGGCUUCCUCGGGCACCUACCGCUGUGUGGCCACCAACCAGAUGGGCAGUGCAUCCUGUGAGCUGACCCUCUCUGUGACUGAGCCUUCCAAAGGCCGAGUGGCCGGGGCUGUGAUCGGGGUGCUGCUGGGCCUGCUCUUCCUGUCAGUUGCUGUGUUCUGCCUGAUAAGGUUCCAGAAAGACAGGAGGAAGAAGCCCAGGGAGACAUACGGGGGGAGUGACCUACGGGAGGAUGCCACCGCACCUGGGAUUUCUGAGCAAACUUCUGUGAGGGCCGAUUCUAACAAUGGGCUCCUGGAGAGGCCCCCAUCUGCCAGCACUGUGACAACCACCAAGUCUAAGCUCCCUAUGGUUAUCUGA